AUUGUCAAAGUUAUAUGUAAUAUUUGUAUGUCAUUUUACUUAAUAGAAAAUUGGUAUCGUUUGUAUUAUUCAAAACUAAAAGACAUCAUUUAAAUCACCAUGAGCAGUACGUUCCGGAAUCCAUCAUUUAAUAGCUCUUCCGGGGCUUCGUCACAUUUCGAUAGCACCGACGAUAUGGAAACAACGAAACUGAAAAAUUAUGCUCGUGAUUUGAUCAAAUCACGUAUCUUCUUGGGUCGAUAUGUUGAGCGACGAUUGAUCAAUCAAGGAAUUGGUUAUCGUGAUAUUGUGUUACUGAGUGCGGCUGAAGUUGAGUUGAAGAAAGACUUGUAUGAUAUUCUACAUAAAUUCAGCAAUGUAUCACCAAAUCUAAAAUCUAUUGGCAUUAUUGAUGCAGAAGUAUUGGGUGUAAACUCGUCAGGUCUCUGUAUUUGGACUGAAAUAGAAAAUCAACCUUUUGGACCUUUCUGGUUUCAAAUAAAAGGUUUGAAGUUUAGAUCGGAUGAAAUAAUGGUAUCUGUGAAAUGUGUACGUCAUAUAUCUGAAGCUUAUCUUGAAAUUGAACCAAUACUUGUUGGAGCACCAAAGAAAAGUAAGGAAUCUCUCGUCGCUACACUGGAUAGCAGUGCAGAAACAUUAGGUGAUACUUACAAUGACAUUGUAGCCAUUUUAAAAGAUGCUUUGUCUAUACGUAAUGUCAAGGAGUUUGUAACAUUUAUAUUUGCCUUAGUUAUAGCAGUUUUUACUGGAACUACAACUUUUGUAAACUUCCUAGGUAAUUUUGUAUUGGCAUUGAUAAGAGAAAUAUCAUUUCUAGUAAAAAAUUCCACACCUAUGUUUCUGGGCCUACUUGAUUUUUUUAGUAAGAUUGUUGGAGGGUUUUACAUACUUUUGGCCAUGUUUUUCAAGCCAAAUAAUCCACCUCCACAUAAUAGAAACAUUAGAUAUUAUGACCAGCGGCACCCACAAGUAACAAGCUAUGAUGAUAAACAAUUUGAUUAAAAAACUAAAGUGCAAACAUAAUUUCUCAUCAUAAUAAGAUCUCGAGGUGGAGGAUGGAACUAAUACUAGCAUUUAUACUAAAGUACCUAAUUAUGCUGAAAAUUAAAUAAUUAUUUUAUAUUAGCAGAAUUUUAUAAAAGUUUAUAAAAUAGAAUUUUAUUGGUGGACAUGUUACUGUGAAAGUGUUGAUAUAUAUAUUUUGGUAAAUCAACAUGUUAUGAUAAGUAGGUAGUUCAUUUCAAUACUGUGGGAGCAAAGGUUGUUAACACCAUUUCAGUCGAAAACAAGUCAAUAGUGCAGUCUUGUUUAAAAAAUUAAAAAAUCUAGCAACUUAUCUAAAAUUUAAUAGAUAUAUAUAUAUGUCUUUUCAAUCCACAGGUUUUGUCUAUCUUAAACUAGACUAAUUUUUUACUCAUGUUUUGUGCAUGGUUUGCUCAUCUGCUGUAGAGCUGCAAUUUUGUAGUUUACAAUCUUUCUUAAAUGUAUUGAUUUGAUUGUAACAAAUAUUGUUUAACAGAAAUUCUAGGUCCCUGAAUAUUAAUCAGUACAUAAUUAAACAGUAUUUGAAGGUCCAAAAUUACUAUGUUGAAGCUUCAAAAACUUUAUUAAAGAAAUAUUUUUCUAAAAAUCAUUAAAACUUUUACAGUAACAAAAUACUGUUAGGUAUUGAAAUGGAUUAUAAUAUUUAAUUACUUUUUUAUCUAUUUAUUAGACUGAAUUCCUAUUUUAAAAGAAAGCAUUUACAUUGAUCACUUAUUCCAUUAUCUUAUCAAUAUUAUAAAGUAUGUUGAUGGUGGAUAGGUAUUAUAGCUAGCUAGUUAGUUAAAAAGAAAUCCUAUCUAACUCAUCGAUUACUAUUUUAUACUAUAAAUAUUAUUUGUUGUAAGUACAUACAUAUAUGCAUGCAUUUUUAUCCUGAUAAUAUAUAUGUUACAUAGAACUGAUGACCUAUUUCUGAAUUGGGACAACAAUAACCGAAUUUUUUCUUGCUUUAUCU